AGGUGUCGCCCGGUGCCCGUGCUCGGCGUGAGGCGCAAGAUGCAGAACGACGCCGGCGAGUUCGUGGACCUCUACGUGCCGCGCAAAUGCUCUGCCAGCAACCGAAUAAUUGGUGCCAAGGAUCAUGCUUCUAUUCAGAUAAAUAUUUCUGAGGUUGACAAGGUAACAGGCAGAGUCAACGGCCAGUUCAAAACAUAUGCCAUUUGCGGAGCCAUCCGUAGAAUGGGGGAAUCAGAUGACUCUAUUCUGCGUCUGGCAAAAAAUGAUGGAAUUGUUUCCAAGAAUUUCUGACUGAAGAAGCUCUGGUGUGGAACAUCUGAUGUAAAAUAAACAAUUCCAAUCUA